AGCUCGAAAGUUGUGCAACACACCUUUAGUAAACACUUCCUCAUGUAGAAACAAGAAUAAAGCAACAGCAUUCAUUCUCUUUCCUUCAUUACACAACUGAAGAGGGGUUUAACGCUGAGAUCAGCUAGAGGCCAGUCUCUCUCAAGGGACGGGACCGCUCUCCAAUAGGAUCUAUUGAUAUGACUACACUACUUAUGUUCAUGCUUCUGUUACUUUUUCAGCAACAAGGGAGUGCUAAAAGGAAAUUACCUGGGAUAAAGGAGUAUGAAGUGGUAUAUCCAAAAAAAUUACAUGUACUGCAUAAAAGAGAUGUAGCGGGAAACCAAAAUCCCAAUGGAAAGGUAAAAUAUGACGACACAAUGCAAUAUGAAAUUAAAGCCAAUGGAAAGAAAAUCAUACUUCAUCUACAAAAAAAUAAGGGUCUAUUUGCCAAGAACUACACUGAAACAUAUUACUCGCAUGAUGGUCAAGAAGUGACAACAAGCCCUCAGAUCAAGGACCACUGUUACUAUGAAGGUUAUGUCCAAAAUGACAGUGAUUCAGCAGCAAGCAUCAGUGCCUGUGAUGGUCUAAGAGGAUAUUUCAAGACAAGAGGUCAGAGAUACCUUAUACAACCCCUGAAGCUCAACGAUAGUGAAGAACAUGCAGUCUUUAACUAUGAAAAUUUGGAAGAUGAUGGGACUCCAAAAACCUGUGGUGUAACCAACACUACCUGGGAAUCAGAAGAACCUAUCAAAAAGUCAUCCAGGAUGAGCAACUAUGAGGAAAAACAAAAAUACCUGAAAGCAAGAAAAUAUAUUGAAUUCUACGUAGUUGCAGACAAUGCCAUGUAUAAAAAGUACAAGUACAGUGUCCCAAGUGUAAAGGCAAGAGUGUUUGAAAUAGUCAACUACGUCAACAUGGUUUAUAAAAUGAUAAAUACUCAUGUGGCACUAAUUGGCAUAGAAAUCUGGUCAGAUAAAGAUAGAAUAGUUGUGAAUUCAUCGGCGGGCGUCACCUUAGACAGAUUUUCAUCAUGGCGUGUUUCAGAUCUGCUGGAGCGGAAGAGACAUGACAACAGUCAGCUACUCACAGGGAUUCAUUUCCAAAAGGGAACAGUCGGACUGGCCUUUGUGGGAACCAUGUGCAGUAACCAUCAUUCUGCAGGUGUUAUUGAGGACCAUAACAGCAAUCCAAUUGCAGUUGGAGCAACUGUAGCACAUGAGAUGGGCCAUAACCUUGGCAUGAAUCAUGACACCAGACAGUGCAAAUGCAAUUCUGAAUCUUGUAUCAUGACAGCAACACUCAGCUACAAAAUUCCCAGGGAAUUCAGUUCGUGCAGCCUGCAAGAGUACGAGCAAUAUAUUUUGAGCAAGAUGCCACCCUGUCUCCUCAAUGUUCCUGAACAACAAAACAUAGUAGCACCCCCUGUUUGUGGGAAUAACUUCAUAGAGGAAGGAGAGGACUGUGACUGUGGAACUCCUGAGGAAUGCACGAAUGUCUGCUGUGAAGCCGCAACAUGUAAACUGAAGCCAAACGCCGCAUGUGGAUAUGGAGAGUGCUGUGAAAACUGCCAAGUUAAAAAAGGAGGAAGUAUUUGCCGAGCAGCCAAAGACGAGUGUGACCUAUCUGAGACAUGCACUGGUCAAUCCCAGCAGUGUCCAAAGGAUCGAUUCCGAGUGAAUGGGCACCCUUGUAAAAACGGUCAAGGUUACUGCUACAUGGGGAAAUGCCCCACCCAGGCUGACCAAUGCAUCAAAAUCUGGGGAUCAGGUGGAAAGGUAGCUGAGAAAAGCUGCUACAAUACAAAUAGGGACGGGGUUUAUUAUGGAUACUGUAAAAAGGAAAAUAACAAAUUCCUUCCAUGUGCUGACAAAGAUAAAAUGUGCGGGAAGUUAUUCUGUACUGGUGGAGCAGACAUGCCCGUGGUUGGAGCCUAUGUGUCUUUUGACUCAUGCAAAAGCAGUGUUCCUCACUUUGAAAAAGAAGAUAUAAGCUUAGUCGAUAAUGGAACUAAAUGUGGCAAUGGCAUGGUGUGUAGCAAUGGCGUAUGUCUUGAUGUUGAGAGAGCCUACAGGUCAACAAAUUGUUCUGCCAAGUGUAGAGGACAUGCUGUGUGCAACCAUGAACUGGAGUGCCAGUGUGAAGAAGGCUGGGCCCCACCAAACUGUGAAGACUCCACAACAGUUAAAAGUAUCGCCAUCAUUUCUGGUGUCUUGGCAGCCCUCACAGUUAUUGCCAUACUGGUUGCUUUAUUCAUCCGUUACCAAAAAAGUGAGAAGAAAUAUCAGAGUAGCCAGGAACCAGCUAUAUCUGGAGCCACAAACCAAGCCUAUGGAGGGCAAGAACCAAGAAGAAAAGAACAUCCUGCCCCCAACGUGCCUAACCAGAAGUUCAAUGAUACAAGAGUUCUCCUUCCCGUACCUCCAGCACAGGAAAACAAACCAAACUUUCAUCGACCUAUCAUAAAGCCAAGCAUUCCACCACCUCCAGUUCCUACAAGCAAACCAGCCUUUUUUCCUGCCACAGGUGAUUUUGCAACAGGGGGGAAAUCAGCUCCUUCACCAGUCAACAAGGGCAAGCCUCCACCUCCACGCCAGGCUUUAAAACCCCCAACUACACCCAGAGUAUGAUGCUGCUGAAGUGGAAGUGAUCAAUGGAAAUUUACGGAAAUUUGGAGAGGCACUUUCUCUCUGUUCACCUUCUGGGUCUUCCAUUUACAAAGGAAACAACAGGGGUCCCUAGUGGUCCAUACGUGGGUUUUGCUUAUGUUUUUUAAACAAAUGUGAUGUUCUUAUCAAAUUAGCACAACCUGCCCAUGCAAGCUGUGGAGAGGGAAAGAGAGCAGAAGAGCAAGUUACACAGAGGUGUAACGUGUACAUAGGUUAUUAAAUCAACCUUUUAUAUAUUUAUAGUCUUAGAAAUAUGAGAGUUGGGAAUGCCUGGUAUACCAGAAUUGCUUUGUAAACUCUAAACUAAAUUAAAUUUCUGGAUCAGUGGUCCAGCAUGCAUUUCAACAGGGACGAUACUCGAUGUUUCAUGUGCAAAGUUAUACUAGCUGGAAAAAAAAAUCUUCCUGACAUUCAAAGGAAAUGAACUGAUGUCCUUGAAGUGUGUGUCAGGAUUACCCAUCUUCUUGGGUAUUUCAUCAGCUGUGUGUACAGACUAAAAGCAACUGAGACAUCAAAAAUAUCUAUUCUGGUUCUAAAAAGAAAAGAUCCUUUUGGGAUUAUAUUACCCCUUUAUUCUCUGCAAUUUAAAAAGUCCCAGAGUGAGCAGAAUGGCUCUUUUGUAUAAGGAGGACUAGAGAUGUGACCAUAGAUACAGAAUAUCAAAGUCAAACAAUUUGCUGCUUAGAUCAUGGUGCUCCAGGAGCGCAUUCUUUACUAGCCAAAAUGGAACUUCAUCUACUAUAAUUCAACCAGGUUAGAAAAGUUAUAAAAAAAAGCAAAAAAAAAGUCUUUAAUUUAUUUUAUCCACCCCUUAGCUCAGAAAAUAUCUAAUAGUUUUUCCCUUCCAGCAUAUACACACACUGGUAUUUUUUUAAUUCUGGGAUUGCUCGUUGCACUGUGGUGUGUUAUUAUUGUAAGGCUACUAAUGAGUACUAAACCGGGCACACGGUUUUAUUAUUGUAGGACACUUCCUGAGUAUGGGGCUUUGCACACUGGUAUACUACUAUGGCGUUGUUCAUUAGUUCUGGCAUGUUGGCAUUGGUAUUGUUGACACUGUUGGCCCACUGGCAUAGAUUUUAAUGGUACUGUUGGCAUCGAUAUUAUUGAUGCUGUGAGGCUGCUGGCACUUUUGUUAUUGUUACCAUUGGCAUUAAUAUUAUUGAUGCUUCUGGAAAAGAUAUUUUUAGGAUGAAGCACACGGAAGUAUUUUUCAAGGAAUAAAGAUGUUACAAAAAAUAAAACAAAGGUGAACUUGAACUUAUAUCCAAAGCACUCAACUUUUCAGAGCAGUUCCAAUUGGAAUGGGGUUUGGUUCUGGGCCUGAAUCAAAAUCAGAGUCGCCUUUUUUGUUUUCAGAAGAAAGUGGGCCUGAAGAAGACAGGCUUCUGCCACUCAGGCACAAAACCCUUGCUAAGAAAGAUCACACGAUUGCAGAACCAUCAAAACAAAAUCUUAGUCUUGUAUUUGCCUCAAAUUGAAAUUUGGAAGAGCGUUUUAAACUCACUCUGUAUGAGGUUCUCACCACUGCCUUUUUGUUUCAGAACCAGUCAUACAGGUGAAAACCACGUUUCUUUUGUUACACCGCGAUUACCUUUAGGUUGUUAAUCAAGUACUGUAUAUUCUGUAAAGUAAGACUGAUGCAAUGCAAUGCUAAUAUUCUUCAACUUUCCUUGGAGUUUGUUGGUUUGGGGUGCAAAUUUAGGAGAAAGAUUUAUUGGAAAAUUAUUAUUUGCCUUCACUUCAGCAUAAUUUCUUCUCUGAGUUUAUUCAGAGACUGACUUUAAUAAAAGCAAGUCUGAGUAUGGUAUAUGGGAAUAAAACUGUUUUCAUGA